UUCACCUACUUCUGCUGACGAUUGACACUGUGCACCGUGUAUAUAUAUCUAUCCCUACAUCUAUAUAUCGAAACCGCACAUAUCUGCAAAGAAAGGGGAAACUGAUAUGUCUCGCAAACGCGAUCCAAAGAACGAAAGGGGGGACGGUCUCCCCCUGAAUGCGUCAGAGUCAGAUCCAGACCGAGCGCCGAAGAAGUUCAAGUCGGCCCUCGGCUCCGGCGAUAGCGAUGAACAGUCCAGUGGUCUGGACCAAUUCCUUCCAUAUCCGAUCCACAAGGUCAAUCGACUCCUGGAGCCCGGUCCCGUCCUGCUCGUGGCGACUGGCUCCUUCGCCAACAAGACGCACAACAUAAUGACAAUGGGUUUCCACAUGAUGAUUCAGCACGAAGGACCAACACUUGUCGGAGCCUGUAUUGGGCCGUGGGAUAAGAGUCACGGUAAUCUAAACAAGACGGGCGAAUGUGUGCUCGCCGUUCCGGCUGUGGAGAUGUUGGAGAAGGUCGUUGACAUUGGGAACUGCAGUGGGGAGGAUGUCGAUAAGUGGGAGACUUUUGGGGUAAACCCGGUGCCGGCUCCUGAUCCUGAUUUUGCUAAUGGGUCUGGGGACCGAAAAGGGGCAGAGGAAGAUAGAGCACGGGCACCGUUAGUUGGAGGAGAGGGGAUCAUUGCCAACAUCCAAUGUGUGGUUGAGGAUGGAGCGUUGGUGGCGAGAUACAAUCUAUGGGUGUUGAGGGUGAUUGGCGCAUGGAUCAAUAAAGACAUGGAUUUGGAAUAUGGCCAGGAAGACCAAACGCCAGGAGACGAUGGUGGCUCUAUUGGUGGUGGCAAAUUAAGGAAGAGGGAGAUGAACAUGGCCCACCAUCGCGGAGAUGGAAGGUUUGUGGUUGACGGACAGGAGGUCGAUAUGAGGGACAGAAUGGUCAAAUGGAAGGAGUUUCAGGAUUAGAAAUGCCCUGGCUAUUACACCGGAUUGGGACUUGCAGCUGGAUGUAACAGAUCUCUGCAUACUGUUUCAUCUCAUGUAACUAUGUGCACCAGUAUGCUGUUGGUGAGCAGACCGUAGGGAUUGGAGGCAGUGAUGAAACAGUCGUGACAGUCCUCUUACCUCUCUGAUCCUAGUCAGCGCGCCCAAAGUCUUUGCCCUGUCGAU